UCCCGCGAUUCGCUUCGUUUUUCCCACCCCAGCGCUCGCAUUUACUCGUGCACCGCCGGAGAUCCGCUGGCCGCGGCCGCCGCCGAAGGCUAGGGUUUCGUCGAAGUUGUAGAAACCCUAGGAUUUUGGAGGGUUUCGAAGCGUCUGCUGUGGUGCGAGGGUGGCGAUGGCGUGCAGGUGCGUUGUUCUCCAGGAAUUGGAGGAGGGCGAGGGGGUGAAGAGCAGGGAGAGGAUUUCUUCGUCUUCGGCUUCUUCUUGUUGUUAUUAUGGUGUUUCUGGCUCGGUGAAUGCUAAGAGUCGAGUUGAGAAGGUCUUCCCGGUUUUAGAGAUGAAGAUGGAUGGGAACCCGAAGAGCAUGGGACUGAGAUCGGAGUGUUUGGAUGAUCCCAUUUGGGAUAUCAUUAGAGCUGAAGCCAAGUCGGAGGCUGAAAAGGAGCCGAUUUUGAGCAGUUUCUUAUACGCUAGUGUUCUGUCACAUGAUUGUUUAGAGCGUGCAUUGGGUUUUGUACUUGCCAAUAGGCUUCAGAAUCCAACACUGCUUGCAACACAACUGAUGGACAUUUUUGAUGACGUGGUGAUGAAUGAUAGAGGUAUUCAACAUGCAAUUCGCCUAGAUCUUCAGGCGUUUAAAGAUCGAGACCCAGCUUGUGGAUCAUAUAGCUGGGCCCUUCUAUAUCUCAAGGGUUAUCAUUCUUUGCAAUCAUAUCGUGUGUCACAUGCAUUGUGGAACCAAGGACGAAAGAUAUUAGCAUUAGCAUUGCAAAGUCGGAUUAGUGAGGUUUUUGCUGUGGAUAUACACCCAGCUGCAAGAAUUGGAGGGAUAUUGUUGGAUCAUGGAACAGGUUUAGUUAUUGGUGAAACUGCUGUUGUGGGCAAUAAGGUCUCUUUAAUGCAGGGUGUCACAUUAGGAGGUACUGGCAAGGAAGUUGGAGAUCGUCACCCUAAAAUUGGCCCUGGUGCCCUUAUUGGAGCAGGUGCAACCAUUCUUGGUAACAUAACUGUAGGUGAAGGUGCUAUGAUCACUGCUGGUUCUCUUGUUUUAAAGAGUGUCCCUCCCCACAGUAUGUCUGCAGGGAACCCUGCCAAGGUCGUUGGAUAUGUGAAAGAGCCAGACCCAUCAUUAACAAUGAAGCAUGAUGCUACCAAAGACUAUUUUGAACAUCUUUCUCAUUCCGUCAGCGGGAAAUCUAAUGGACAUUCAUUCAUGAAAUGAUCAAACAAAGCAAAGAACAUUUGUUGCACUCUCUCCCUAUUUACAUUGAGGUAGGUACUUCUUUCUGAUCCUUUCGCUCUAUCACACUGCAUCAAUGCAGUUGAUUGCUCAUGCUUAUCCUGACGACAAUGCAGACUGUGUAAAAUGCAUGCAUUGAUGUGUCUUGAUGAAUUAUAAUCAUCGUCAACCAUCAGAGACCUUCAAUCUGCCAUGUUUAUACAGAAAGCUUCAUGAUUAUUGCCUUCCAAAGCACAGUAGUACAGAGAGCAAACUUUGUUUCUCAAGCUACUUGUUAUAUAAUCCUAUUAAUCAUCUUGGUCUUCUGUAUUUUUCAAAUACCAAAGUGUAUAACGUUAGCUUGUCGUGAAGUGGUUUGAAGUCAAAAAAUGGGCGGAACUAAUAUUAGCUCCCUGAAUGUUAAAAGUUAAUUUUA